ACCAGUAGACGGACCUGGCAAAGGGAGGCAACGGGGUGUGGGUAGUGUCUUCAACACACAUCGCAUCGCAAAGCAGCAGCAGCAGCCAGCCGCCAGCCAGUUUAGAGAGCCGCGAGAAAAAGACCCGCCGAACUGGACUCAAGUUGUAGCUCUGGCAUCGUUUGACGGACAUUUUUGCAUAAAAAGUGCAAUUUUUGGCAGGCCUUUGUGGGACCCUGAGUGGACCUAGUGAACCGAAAAAAGUGCCCCGUGGAAGAGCGAAAUUUUCGCUUUCUAGUGUCGUUGAAAUAGUGAAAAUCGGUUGCGGUUUGCCGGUGGAAAAGCAUCGCGGAAAAUCGUUCCACCUAAGGUGCGCAUUUUGCGGAUCGCCAUUUUGAACAUCGAGUUUUGUGUGUUCUUGCUUUUGGAAUUUUGCGGUGCGGUUCUAAAAAGUGGCUUAGUUGGUCGGUUGGAUUCGCGUAAGGGGAGGGCAACUUAGUGGGGAAGACAUCGGCGUAUCCCAGUAGGGGGUGGUCUGCCGUGAGGGUCCUCCAGAAUGGCCCACCAGAACAAACCGGUCAGCAUUGUGAUACAGGAUCCUAAUGGUCAGCAACAAAUUCUACAAGUAAUGCAAACUGCUUCGACCACUGGCAGGCCGUUGACUUCGGCCAGUGUGAAAACCAUCGUAAAGGAAGUGACCGGCCAGGAAACGAGUGCAAUUAUAGCAGGACAGAAUUUUGCCACCCCUGUGAUGCAAAAGCUUGGUCCCGGUCACAAAAUCAUCAUGAAUAACCCCAAACUUCAGAUCUCAUCCACCGCAAAAGGCGCCAAUGGCAAACCGUUGGUACGAAUCUCUCCUUCACAGCUGAGUCAGCUGAAGCUAAUUGCCGCACCCGGCCACCUCAGUGGAACACAAGUUUCCGGCAAAAAUCUGACCGCUAUGCUGGCGCCUUCAACUUCUAUCUCGGCGUCCACUUCAUCGACGUCACAGACAUUCUUGAGCACAAAUCUGGUGACCAGCACCCAGCACCAUGUGAAUGCACCGAUCGCCGCUCCCCCUUCACCAGCAGUGCCAGCACAUAGCGCGAAAGGAUCUCACCAUAAUCAGCACCACAAUCAGCAACAGUACAACUAUGGCAAGAAAGCCGCCGCCAGCCAGAUUCACACUCCGGCUUCCCGCCGGAGAAAGACGGACAAAAUUGGGCGUGGCUUGCGACACUUCUCGAUGAAAGUUUGCGAGAAGGUGAAGGAAAAGGGUACAACCACGUACAAUGAGGUGGCGGACGAACUGGUGGCAGAGGAAACCCAGAGCCAUCCCGGAGUGGAUCCAGCUUCGUACGAUCAGAAAAACAUCCGCCGGCGUGUGUACGAUGCGUUGAACGUCCUCAUGGCCAUGAACAUCAUCUCGAAGGAAAAGAAGGAAAUACGCUGGCACGGAUUACCUACCAGCAGCGUCCAGGAGUGUGACGAUUUGGAGAAGGAGAAUGAGAAAACGCGCGAACGGAUCGAGCUGAAACAGCAGCAGCUGCGCGAAUUGAUUCUGCAGCACGUGGCAUUCAAAUCGCUAGUCGCGCGAAACCAGGACAGCGAGGACCGGGGACUCGUGCCAAACCCAAGCUCCGCCAUACAGUUGCCAUUCAUCAUUGUAAAUACGGAAAAGAAGACUCACAUCAAUUGUAGUAUUUCGAACGAUAAAUCGGAGUUUUCGUUUAAAUUCGACAACACCUUCGAGAUUCAUGACGAUCUUGAAGUGUUGAAGCGGAUGGGGUUGUUACUAGGUUUAGAUAAGGGGCAAUGCGCUGUUGAGGAUAUUUCCAAAAUAAAAUCGAUGGUGCCCAAAUCGUUGGAGAAGUACAUUGAAGUGUAUGGUCUCGGCAUGGAAAACGAAACAGAAGACUGGGAUAUGGCUUCAUCAUAUACGGGCCACGAGUACGAUGAUAGCGUACAGGACGCUACCGAUCUGCUGUCUAGCUAUCAGGAUAACACGAGCGAAAUCAACGAGGAUGACUUGAUAUCCGAAGACGGACAGGAUGGUUAGGUGGCUAGUAGCAGUUGUAGCAGUCGCAACGACAGCAGCAGCACAUCAUCGGACUGGAGGUAGCAUAAUCGACCCUUACACAUGCACAUCCAUAGAUAAGGGAAGAAUGCCUAAACGCCUAACAGAGGCACUACUAACAGACCGUGACAAACAGCACACUUAUGAAAGGAUUUCGUUUGAUUCUUCUUUAAUUCUACGCUGAGUUCAGAUGCACACUCGAUGGGAGUCGAGCCGCGACUACGCGACUGGGGGACGGUAGCGAAGAACACAAUUUCAAUAGUUCUUAUAAUUUCUGUUAAGGAAAAAGCAUUUUCUGGGGUUGCCACGAGAGACUUUUUGUUAUUGUUGUGUGUAGCAAGAGUAUGAAGUAGAUAAACAUGGAAAACCACGAGCGAAGGGAAUACCGUUAAAUGAAAUGAGCGAAGUUCACCAGCGACAGGUUGAAUCAAUUACGACAAAAAAAAACAAAUGGUUACUCCUAAGAACAUUUAAUGCUAGACGUGCAGUGUAACACUCACACAAAUUGUUAUCGUUAAAUAAGAAAACAAAACACAAGCGUAAUGCUCUUUCAGAAAGAAUGAAAAGAAAAAACUAAAUAUGCAAAGUGCGUAGUUACAAUUAAGGGAAAUCGUGCAGGAACCUUAUGUGUUUUCGUCCAGAAGGGACGAAUUACUGGAAUGAUUAUAAUAUACAUAGAAGGGAUGCAAUUGGGCAAGAUUCAAUGCGCUAAUCGUGAGUGAAAACCUAGUUAAUUAUCAAUGCACCGGAAAGUACAGAAAUAAUGUUUACUAUGUUUACCAACAAAAAAAGCGGUGGCACUCUAUAAGUUCACUUUUAUAACCAAUUUAAAGCUGUAGCAAACAAAUAGUCACCGGAUUCACAACACACAACCCGUUUAUACCAGAAAACAUCUCAGGCUUUAAUUUCUGUCAACAAUCAAUUAAACAAAACUAGCAUCUUGCAUCAUUAUCACUAAAUAAUAGAAGGGAAUGGUAUUAAUACUUAUAUACCAAAUCGUAAGUGUCAUACUUUUUCGCAUCGUGUUUGUUUUCCAACUAUUUUUACUGCAUGCGAAAUGCGAAUAAAAGACAAAUUUUCCCGCCCCGAUCACAUCUCUAAAGCUAAAGUAUGUCCUCCUAUCCAGAAGAAACACUGCACAUCUUCACGAAAUCCGAGAAUAAGAAGCAACACAAAUCCUGCAACGAUCCGAUCGGGCAAUAUCGAAACAUUUAUAGAAAACAAUUUCAGUGAAAUAAGCUGCAAAGCACAGCGUCUCUGAGGCAUGAGAUUGUAUAUAUUUAUUAUGCUUAACCAUAAUGGUAUCCAACAUUUGUAAGCUAUAUGAUGUAAACAAAAAAAAACUGGAAAAAAUUAACACAUCCAAGCACUGAUUGUCAUCAAUAUGAUGGCGCCGAAAUAAAAGAAAAAAACGGAAAUAAGCGUACACUACAGUAGUGGGUCGAUUUGUUUGGGGGGAAUGUAAAAUAACAAAUAAAAUAAACAAAUAGAGCCGGUUGCCAAUCCAACCAACUUCGAGAAGGGAAGAGUGAAAUGCAACAUAAACUUGCAUUCGUUUCAAUCACAACAGAAAAGUUUAUUUUUCUAUUUGCAACAACAAAAAAAUACAAAUUGGCCAAGCGCGUUUUUUGUUCUCGUGUUUAAGUUUUUAUUUCAUGUUUUUCUUUUAGUUUUUAUACGUAUUAACUCCCACUCUUUAGCGAGCAAAUUUGCCGAGCAAUAGUUCGUUCUCGAGAGAGCAAGCGCGUGGAGAAUAAUGAAUUAUUUGAUAGCAUUAUUAUAUAACCAUUUGCAUAUAUGUAUAAUUAUUAUUUUAUCUCGAGAAGUUUUAUUUUUUACGAUUAUUUUGAGGAAUAAUUCUAAAAAGUAACAUUUAUAACAAAUUCUGACAUUAAAAGUAUAGAAGUA